AUGUUUAUUAAGCAAUAUAGAAAAAUAGUAAAACAUUUUACAAAGUCAUCUCAAAAAUUAGCAUUGUUAUGUCAAGAAUUGUCAAAUAUGAAGAUACAUUCUAAAGGCUUAGGAUCAUGGUAUCAAACAU